CGGCCCGGAAGCGGAUGCGCGGCCGCGGAGCCGGCGGCGGGCAGAUGGCGGAGUGCGGGGCGCAGCCCGCCGGGGGUGGCGGCGGCGGGGCUGCGGGCGCGCCCAGCCGGCACGAGAAGAGCCUGGGGCUGCUCACCACCAAGUUCGUGUCGCUGCUGCAGGAGGCCAAGGACGGCGUGCUCGACCUCAAGCUGGUGCGGGGGGCUGCCGGCGGGGGGGGCGAGGGCUCCGCCGCGCCGGGGGCUGCGGAUACCUUGGCUGUGCGACAGAAGCGACGGAUCUACGAUAUCACAAAUGUGCUGGAAGGCAUCGGGCUGAUCGAGAAGAAAUCCAAGAACAGUAUCCAGUGGAAAGGGGUGGGUCCUGGCUGCAACACCCGGGAAAUAGCUCACAAACUGAUCGAGCUGAAGGCAGACAUAGAGGACCUGGAGCAGCGGGAGCAGGAGCUGGAGCAGCAGAAGAUGUGGGUUCAGCAGAGCAUCAAAAAUGUUACAGAAGACAUGCAGAACAGUCGAUUAGCAUAUGUGACACAUGAAGACAUCUGCAAGUGCUUCACAGGGGACACCCUCCUUGUGAUUAGAGCCCAAUCUGGCACACGUUUGGAGGUGCCCAUCCCUGAGGGCCUGAACGGGCAGAAGAAAUACCAGAUCCACCUGAAGAGCACGAGCGGCCCCAUCGACGUUCUCUUGGUCAACAAAGAUACCUGGAGCUCUCCUCCUGUCGUCCUCCCUGUCCCUCCCCCCGAAGACCUCAUUCAGUGCCAGGCAGCUGCGCCCUCCAAGACGCCAAUCCCGCCGCUCACCCACUUCCAGGAGGCCUCUGUUCCCAGCAGCACCCAGCCCUCCACACCAACACCCACCAGCACUCAGGACCACGGCCCUCCCACACAGAAAAACGCAGGCACAGAGUGCGAUGUCCCUGCGGCAGAGCCCAAGAGCGGCGGCGACGCCGACAGCCAACCGGCCGGGCUGGAUGCACAACUGCUCCAGUCCUCUGCCUCCCUGGACAGCAGCUCCGUCCUGCCCAGCACCUCUACCUCCUUUGAGCCCAUCAAGCCCGACCCCACGGGAGUACUGGAACUUCCCAAAGAGCUGUCAGAGAUGUUUGAUCCAAUGAGAGAAUGUAUGAACUCUGAGCUGCUGGAAGAGCUGAUGUCAUCUGAAGUGUUUGCUCCCUUGCUCCGCCUCUCCCCUCCACCUGGAGAUCACGACUACAUCUACAACCUGGAUGAGAGCGAAGGCGUCUGCGACCUCUUCGACGUGCCUGUCCUCAACCUCUGACUUCUCGGUGCAGCUGUGAGCCCUGCAAACACAGACUGUUUUGUAAAUCUUUGGAAA